UUGAUUAUAAUAUCGUGCAGGUUUGCACUCUAUCCAUUAGUUUCUGGUGGCUAUAUAAGCCAAAGUCAAAUCGGGCUAGAUCAACCAGUUUAACAUUAACCAAAUGUCUUUCCACUACUCAGUUUUGUCGGGUGUCCUGCUGAUCUAUGGCUGUGGAGCAGCGCGAAAAUGGGACUAUGAACCUAUUUCGAUCACCUCAACCACUUCGGAUGCCAGCCUCAUGAAUUUUGCCACAAAUGUCGCUCGAGUCGGUCGCGGAGAGUUUAAAAUGUCAUGCGAGGUCCUGUUUAAUUACGAUACCACUGAUGAAACCACGAUGGAGGCCUCUGUCUUUCGAAGCCCUACCGGUGAUGAGGGCGACUAUAAGCUCCUUCCUUGGUCAGUUCCUAAGCAGCCUUUCAACGAUUAUAUGAACACCCACUACAAGGAGCUGAUUAUGAAGAACUUUGCCUCUUGUUCCAAUAUACCGCAGUUCGAGGGUGACUUUGAGCCACCCUUUCCAAAAAAUACGUAUAUCGGUGAAGAUUGCGUAAUCAAAGGCGAAGGAUUCCCGGACAUGGUACCUUCGGGUUUCUAUAAGGUUAUAUUCAACUGCACUGGACCAGAUCAGCCCUCAUGGAGCUUCGUUGCAAUUUUUAAAAUAACAGCACAAAUGUUAUGAAUGUAUAACAAGAAAUGAAAUCUUAAAUAUCAUAUAGUAUA